UUGAUAAUAUAACAGAAGGUGGUGUUAUCGAUAUACAUAUACAGUAAAUAAUACCCAGAAAAGAACUAAUAAAUUUGUCACAGUGAUAAAUAAUAAUUAAGGAGCAUUGUUUUGAAAGAUUGGAGAGUUUGAGCCUUUCUGAUUUUAGUUGGAAGAGAUUUAGCGAAUGCUAAGAAGUUUGAUAUAUUAUCGAUGAAAAUGGAAACAAAACUUGUCUGAAACUUAUAUUAAAGCUAUAUAAGGAUGUCAGUGUUGAAGGCCGAGUGCACUAGAUCGGGUGCUAAGCGAUUUUCACAAUGGACAUUGCUGAUGAGAAAGUUUUCAGAGAGUCAAUCGGAUCGUUGCAAAACUUCUAUGGCCAUACCACAGGUGAAGCGAUCAUUGAAACUGUUCCCAACCGGAUCAACAUAUGAGGGAACGUGGGAUGUACUCGGAAUGAGUGGGUACGGAGUUUACACGUUUCCUAAUGGAGUGAUUUAUGAAGGAGAAUUUGAUGAUGGAAUGUUUCAUGGGAACGGUGAACUACGGUACCCUAGUGGGGUGAUUCUCAAAGGAAGGUGGAUUAAGGGUGUGCUGAUAAAUAGAAAGUUAAUAUUCGCUGAUGGUGGAACUGAUGAAGAUACGAAUUACUGUCGUGCACCUGAUAGAAGGUUUACCACAGAAUAUGUUCAUGGUGUGCAGCCUGCUCCUAAUGAGAACAUGACAGCUGAACAUCCACCCCGCGAUAUCCCGCUCGGAUAUUACGACACGGGUGACGGAUUCUAUGACCCUGUCACUAAAGUAGUCUUCCACGGGGACGAUAUCAAUGAAAUAUUGAGAAAACCAUUAGAACGUGAGCAGAAAUGGAUUGUGGAAAACUGUCGAACGAAUCCAAUAAAACAUUUAGGUCCGCGGAAGGACCUCUACGAAGUCUGGAUGGAACCAAGAUUGCAUGCACGACCUUCAGUAUCCUCGUCGGCAUGGUCCUCCCGUGCCGCGUCCUCGGCGUUCCAAACUGACCUGGAAAUGGAAGAUAGUAUUCACGAAAAACGAAGGUUAUGCCAUCACAAGUCUUCUGGCAGUUCGACAAUUCAACGUAUAACGUUUAUGGAAACGCCUCGAAGUUCAAAGAAAUAUAACGAUUAGUGAAGAUUAUAGAAAUAUUUAUGCCGACAAGAUAUUUUACUUUAU